CACACUUAACCAUCAACUGACACAACAACAAUGGAAGAGGAACAAGAUAAAACCCGACCCGAACCCCUCCCCCAUGAUCUCAUAUCCGAAAUCCUCACUCGACUCCCCGUUAAAUCCCUGACCCGUUUCCGCUCCGUUUCGACCCGAUGGAACUCCACCAUCCUCCACCCAUCUUUCUCCAAAUCCCACUUCCACCGCUCCGCCACCACCACCGCCGCCGGCGGAGCUUCCACCACCCUCCUUCUCACCUUCAUCAACCGCUUCAACUCCGAAAGAACCAUCUUCUCCGUCACUAUUCCGUUUAAUCAAACCAAAUCACUACCCGACCCGACCCGGAUCCUCACCAUACCCGGGUUCAAACACCCGUUUGUUUCUCAACCACUUAAUGGUCUUAUAUGUUUCAAUUUAGGAUCCAUGUGUGUUUGCAAUCCUUCAACUCGUAAAUUCGUCAAGCUCCCAUGGACGCAACCGGAGUUUAACGCCCAGUCUCCCGCGUGUACACGUCACCGGACAAACGCAUUCGGGUUUGACCCGGUAUCGAAUGCACAUAAGGUUCUCGACACUUGGAUUACAUGUCAUGAAUCCGAGAUAAUCACGGAGCACCGAGUGUUCACAAUCGGAUCGGGUUCUAACACGUGGCGGAGAAUCGCGGGUGGCGCGUCUUACCUCCCGUUUAAUGAGAGUGUUUGUAUAAGCGGCCAGAUUUAUUUCAGGGCUUUCGGGAGUUUGGUGGCUUCGGAAAGCCCUGUUCUGGCCGCUUUUGACGUCCAUCGUGAAGAAUUCAGGUUCUUCACGAUGGGCGAUGAGGCGGUUUUUUAUUCGGAAGAAAGUGUUUUGAUGGAACAUGAUGGGUGUUUGACCAUAGUUGACCAUCAAGGGGAGGAUAAUGUUUUGGUGAUGUGGAUAUUGGUGGAUGAGGAGAAUGGCAAGUGGGUGAAGAAGCGUGUGGAAAUUCCGGUGAUGUGUUGUGAGAUAAAUGAUCGCCGGAGGUAUCGGUUUGCCGGAAGUACGGUUUCCGGCGAGAUGAUAUUUGCGGAGAAAAGUUUAGUGAAUCCCUUCUUUGUGUUGUUGUAUGAUAUUAAGAAGAAUGAAGUGAAGAAGGUGGAGAUUUGUGGGUUGACUGAUUUUGACUUUCAGUUUGGUCAUGUUCUAAUGAAUGUUACAAGUGUUAACGAACAUGUAGAAAGUAUUGUGUCUUUAUAUUAGGUAAUAGGAUAGUACAACCUAACAUAAAGACACAAUACUUGAUAUAACACGGUUAUGUUAGACCAGUUUGGUCCGGUGAAGUUCAUCUCAAAAGGAUCUGCCUUUGGCUUUUGAAAUGAUACUAGAGCUAGUAAUUUAUGACACGAUAUAAUUAAGUGCGGAGUUAAACGAGUUUGGGUUAAAAACGCUCGGUUGUAAGCAAUGUGACAUGUUAAAGAUAUGGUUAAAAGAUGGUCUAGACGGGUUCUGCCCACCUAACAUGUUUUUGAUGCGCACAUGAAACAAGCUAGUUCUAUAAGUUUUUAAAUUGAAUUGUAUAUCAUAUUGGACCACUUCACUAUCCUAAUUUAAUUUUCGGUCUACAAUAGUC